CCGCGCUGGCCGAGGGCGGGGCAGCUGCGCGGCGCUCCCCUCCUCUCUUCUCCUCCUCCUCCUCCCGCCCGGCCUCCGGUCGACCGGCGCACUCGGCCCUGGGCGAGCUGCGAGCUGCCGGCCGAGCCAUGGGCUGCGACGGCCGGGUGUCGGGGCUGCUCCGCCGCAACCUGCAGCCCACGCUCACCUACUGGAGCGUCUUCUUCAGCUUCGGCCUGUGCAUCGCCUUCCUGGGGCCCACGCUGUUGGACCUGCGCUGCCAAACGCACAGCUCGCUGCCCCAGAUCUCCUGGGUCUUCUUCUCGCAGCAGCUCUGCCUCCUGCUGGGCAGCGCCCUCGGGGGCGUCUUCAAGAGGACCCUGGCCCAGUCGUUAUGGGCCCUCUUCACCUCUACCCUGGCCAUCUCCCUGGUAUUUGCUGUCAUCCCCUUCUGCCAUGAUGUGAAGGUGUUGGCCUCGGUCAUGGCGCUGGCGGGCCUAGCCAUGGGCUGCAUCGACACCGUGGCCAACAUGCAGCUGGUGAGGAUAUACCAGAAGGACUCAGCCUUCUUCCUUCAGGUCCUCCAUUUCUUCGUGGGCUUUGGUGCUCUGCUGAGCCCCCUGAUUGCUGAUCCCUUCCUGUCAGAGGCCAACUGCUUUCCUGCUAACAGCACAGCCAAUGCCUCCUCCAGAAGCCAUCUGUUCCAUGCAUCCAGGGUCCUGGGCCAGCAUCAAGCAACAACCCAGCCUUGGUCAAACCAGACGAUCCCCGGGCCAUCCCCGAAGGAUUCAACAGAGAACCACGUAUCCUAUGCCUUCUGGAUCAUGGCUCUCAUCAACCUCCCAGUGCCCCUGGCGGUCCUGUUCCUGCUGUCCAAGGAGCGGCUGCUGACCUGCCCCCAGCGGAAGCCACUGCUCCUGUCUGCGGACGAGCUUGCCCUGGAGACCCGGCCUGCUGAGAAGGAAGACACCUCCUCACUGGCCCCCAAGUUUCAGUCACACCCAGGGCAGGAGGACCUGUUCAGCUGCUGCCAGAGGAAGAACUUCCGGGGAGCCCCGUGCUCUUUCUUCGCCAUCCACAUCACAGCCGCUCUGGUCCUGUUCAUGACAGACGGGAUGAUGGGCGCCUAUUCUGCCUUUGUGUACAGCUAUGCCGUGGAGAGGCCACUGUCCGUGGGACACAAGAUGGCUGGUUACCUCCCCAGCCUCUUCUGGGGCUUCAUCACCCUGGGCCGGCUCAUCUCCAUCCCUGUCUCCUCAAGAAUGAGGCCAGCCACCAUGGUGUUCAUCAAUGUGGUGGGCGUGGUGGUGACAUUCCUGCUCCUGCUUAUUUUCUCCUACAAUGUCAUCUUCCUGUUCGUGGGGACUGCAAGCCUCGGGCUGUUUCUGAGUAGCACCUUCCCCAGCAUGCUGGCCUACACGGAGGACAUCCUCCAGUACAAAGGCUGUGCGACUACCGUGCUGGUGACCGGGGCAGGAAUUGGCGAGAUGGUCCUGCAGAUGCUGGUUGGUUUGAUCUUCCAGGCCCAGGGCAGUUACAGUUUCCUGGUCUGUGGUGUGAUCUUUGGCUGCCUGGCUUUUAUCUUCUACACCGUGCUCCUGUUUUUCCACAGGAUACACCCUGAACUCUCAUCAGUUCUUACCCAAGACAAACCCCUAGGCCUGGAGAACUCUGAGAGCUACCAGAGGUGAAGACCUCAGCCUCCUGAGCGCCAGGGUGAUCAAACUGCCACAGGAGGCCGAGGGUUGCGGAGGUUUCUCCUGCCACCUUGCUUACGUCGUUUCCUUUCAUACUUAGCCAGGAAGUUGAGUCCUGGUCCCUGAGUGUUCCCUGAACAAAUCAAGCACCUGCCUAGCACUUUAGUAUCGUCUUGUCUGGUUCAGACUUUGUAGUCCAUGGUAACCAGAUGGGAGGACCAAAGACAGCUCACAUCUCUCCACUCAUCACCCUGUGCAUGGGCUAAAUGCUGGGCUUGAGAUCACUUUUAGUUGAAAAAAAAUGCUGAAAUCAUAAAGCUUAAUCAUUGCUAGAUGUAGAUAUAUUUAGAUAUAUUUUAAAUUAAUCAAAACCCUCUAGCAUGUUGAAAAGGAUUUAUGUGUUCUUCCCUUACCCAUGAUCCUAAGUCCCUAACAUUCCCCCUGCAGAAAUCAGGAGUUCCCGUGUGUCCUCAGACAGCAAAGGAAAUCCUGAGUCUUUUUUUGAGACCCCCAGGUCAGUGGCACACGAGGCUAACCCAGACCAGCUUUAGAAAAGCUGACUGUUAAAUUUUCAUUCUGAAAGUCGUGCAGCCAUGAUUUCAAGUUAAAUUAACCUGUAACUAAGCAAAGGCACAACUCAAAACGCCACUUUCUUACAUGCGCGAUGCUCCUGAGGUCACUGUGUCGGAGGCACAAAGGUGGUGGUGUUUCUAAGUAACGGGAUGCUGCCGGGCUCCUCUCAGCUGCUCGGUGACAGCCCGCGGGUAGUCCGAGGUCAGCCAUGGUACAGAAAUGGUCAAAGCUGCACAUCAUGGCUGCGCUCUCCCCAUCCCCCGGAACAGAUGGUUUUGCCGGCAUCUCACUGCUAAUGAGCAAUGUUAAUUGGUUCAGAAAGCACAAGGAGACUGAAAUGGACAUCCUAUUUUUCUUUACUGAUAUCCACAAGGUGCAGAAGCAGCGCUGAGAAUUUAUAAAAAAAAAAAAAAGAAGCUCAUUGAAGUUUUGUGCCUUUUAUAGAGGAAAAUUUUAUACUGUGUCAAGGUCUUUCUUCCCCAUAGAUCUAGGACUACUGAAUAAUUCAAGCCAUGCAGUAUACAGAGAACAGUGUCAGUAUGCAGAAAUCGAUGUCUGUCAGGAGUUCCCAGUUCCAUGCAGAACACAGAGGGUUAGUAAUACAGAGAAUUCAAGGAUGCAGGCUCACCAGCCUGGACAAGGCUGAGUGCAAGAUUUCUGGAAUCACUGGCAUGGCUGUUACAGUGACUUCUGGAAGGAAUGAAAUGUCCCAUUACAGUCAAGGGUUUAUCUGUGCAUUCUCUGUGCAUAUACACGUGUUCUUGUGAAAGCUGAGUGGACCGUAGUCCCAAGGGCUGUCGUUCACACACCACACAUCAACAGAGCAGUACCAGCCUCACCUUCUAGCUGUGAACCUGGACCCCAACCUGACCCCGCCCCAGGCCCCACCCACCCACCAGUCCCACCCCCCUGCCCCACGCCCAGGCAUUUCUAGUCUCACUUGUUUUUACUACUAUGGUGGCAUUUCUAAAAGCACCCUACCUCACAGGAAUUCUGAGAGAAUUAAGUGUAUAUAGAGUAUUUGCUACAUGCCAAACAUGCUCAAGUUUUUACCUUUAUUACAAGCCUCAUAAGCAGCUUAGAUGCCAUUCACGUUUGGUACAAACUGCAAUGCAAACAAACUCUACUUUGAAACACUGAUGGCCUAAGCAAAUCCUUUUAACUGUAUUUAUGAAUACUUUCAAAAGCACCCAAUGCUAGGCAAAUUGAAAUGUGCGAUCUAACUGUAGUAACUGACCUGGGCGAAGAGAAAAGCACAGCUGUAUUUUUCUUGUAGUUUUUCAAGAAAACAUCCUUUUUAUACAGAUUUAAAAAGAAGAAUCACUGGUUAUAUCUACAUGGGUGACGAUUGAUGUGUUAAUAGAGAAAAUAAAUUAAAACAAAUCAAAUACUUUCCUAAAAUAAAAUAUUUUAAGCUUA